CCGCUGCAGCCUGCCCGCCGGGGGCUCGGUGCCUCGCCAUGCCGCCGUGGGCCGCUGCCCUGGCGCUGUGCCUGGCCGCUCUCACCCUGCUCCUCCUGCUCGGCCCGCGGCUUGGGCGCCCCUGGAGACGCGCCGUCGGAGCCGGGCCCCGGCCGCGGGCUCCGGGCCAAGACGGCGAGGAGGAGGCAGCCGGCGGAGGCCCCUCGGAUCAGUCCGGCGACGGGCGCGAGCCGCUGCCGGGGGGCUGCAGCCUGCUUUGUAAGCCGUCGGCGCUGGCCCAGUGCCUGCUGCGCGUGCUGCGGCGCUCGGCUGCGUUGGGGCCGGCUCCGCGCUCCUGGCUCUCCGGGCCCCACCUGCAGACCCUCGUCCACUUCGUCUUGCCGGCCGGGCCCGGGCCUGAGCUGGCCCGGGAGUACCUGCAGUUGGCAGACGACGGGCUGGUGGCCCUGGACUGGGUCGUAGGACCUUGCGCUCAGGGCCGCCGGGUCACCGGCGCCGGGGGCUUUCGGGCGGUGCUGCUGGUGAUCCCCAAUGCGUGGGGGCGCCUCACCCGCAAUGUGCUGGGCCUCUGCCUGCUGGCCAUGGAACGCGGCUACUACCCGGUCAUCUUCCACCGCCGCGGCCACAACGGCUGCCCGCUGGUCAGCCCCCGGCUGCAGUCCUUCGGGGACCCGUCGGACCUCAAGGAGGCGGUCACUUACAUCCGCUUCCGACACCCUGCGGCCCUGCUGUUCGCGGUGAGCGAGGGCUCGGGCUCGGCGCUGCUGCUGUCCUACCUGGGCGAGUGCGGCUCCUCAAGCUACGUGACAGGCGCCGCCUGCAUCUCGCCGGUGCUGCGCUGCCGCGAGUGGCUCGAAGCCGGCCUUCCGUGGCCCUACGAGCGGGGCUUCCUGCUCCAUCAGAAGAUCGCCCUCAGCAGGUACGCCACGGCCCUGCAGGACACAGUGGACACCAGCAGGCUGUUCAGAAGCCGCACCCUGCGGGAGUUCGAGGAGACCCUCUUCUGCCACACCAAGACCUUCCCCAUCAGCUGGGACACCUACUGGGACCGCAACGACCCCCUCCGGGACGUGGAUGAGGCGGCUGUGCCUGUGCUGUGCAUCUGCAGUGCCGAUGACCCCUUGUGCGGGGCCCCGGACCACACCCUGCCCACCGAACUCUUUCACAGCAAUCCCUACUUCUUCCUGCUGCUCAGUCCUCACGGAGGCCACUGCGGCUUCCUGCGCCGGGAGCCCCUGCCGGCCUGGAGCCACGAGGUCAUCCUGGACUCCUUCAGGGCCUUGACUGAGUUCUUCCGGAUGGAAGAGAGGCUGAAAGGGCUGAGCAGGCGCCGAGCUUCAUUCUUAGGGGGCCGGCGUCGCUGGGGAAGCCUGCAGAAGCGGGAGGUCUCUCCCUCUUCCAGUCUGGAGGAGAGCUUCAGCUGGAAGCGAUCAUACACAAGGUGAGACCUGGCCUGAGCCCCUCCCCCCGCCUCGUCCUUCAUGGAAGAGCAGAGCUGGGCAUGGGGGUGUCCCACAAAGCUGCUGAGGACUGCCUCGGGGAGCUCCCCGCUCAGUGCCCCUGAUUCGGGCCCCUCUCUCUUAAGCUGGUCUGUGGAAAGAGAUGGAACUUCCAGCAAGCUUGCACUCACUGUGCGCUGCACAAAACUGCCCAGGCUCUCGCUGGUCCAGCACCCAGGGCACUCCCGGCGACUGUCACCAGUCACUGGCUUCAUAAGCCAAAGAACAGCACCUUUUAAGUCUACGGGCGCAGGAGAAAAAUGCUCUUGGUAGCAGUGGCUCCAGGGAAACUGGGUUCAUGCGUGCCAGUGCACCGCUCUGUCCCACACAGACAGCUUGGCGACCCUGGCUCUCGAGCAGGAGCCACUUGAUGGAGAAAGGACAGGAUGUUUGUGUCUCGGCCCCACUUCCCUCAUUUGCUCUGUGGUCGGGGCGCUCUGCUGUGACUGCGUCGGCAGCUGUGGCAGCAGCCCCCGGGGUUGCGUGACUAUUUCAGGCUUGGCCGGGUAUGAGGAGGGCAACAGAGGCGGGCAGUGCAGUGCGAGGUUGACUCGGGGAGAACGUGAGCACCCAUCUGGGCUGCUGAGGUGCAUCUCGAAGAGGAGCUCUGCAAGUCUCUGCUGAAAGGGGGCUUUGGCCUGGGCCCCUGGGAGAGAUGACAAGGGCACUGCAGGAACCAGCGGCGCCUCACACGUGGCCUCAGGACUCUGCUGCAGGCAGGCUCUCCGGCUCCCUAGGACGCUGGCUCCAGUACAUUCAGGGAUUCCUCCGAAAUCGCCCACCAGAAUAGUUGGCCUGAGAUGAGGGCUUUAUUUAAGUCAGUGAAAAGUACAGUCAUAACCUAGCUUUCUGGAGAGUUGUUCCCUCCCUGGCACGACCACUAGCCUCUCCCUUUCAGAGCUAAGGGGACCAGAGAAGACAGAAGCACAGAUCAGCGCUGACUCCCUGAGCGUGCUUUGUCUGCUCAGUUGUGCAGAAGGCACAAAAGCUGUUUUCAGGAUCUGGCUACUCAGUGACUAAGCCGGUGUUUGGUUUCAUGAGGAACAAACACUGCAGGCUGGAGUCAGAUGCAGUGUACAGACUGAUAUACAGAUCCUGCUUUGGAUCGGGCCAUGAUGACGAUGACUUUGGCAAUAGGAGCUCUGGUCCCAUGUGUUGCUAAAAUUCCAAAGCUUUGCCCAAAAGUUUUAUUUUAAAUUUGUCAUUGAGAAAGAGGGCACCUGUGUUGAGCUCAAAACAGCACAGUGCUAUUGAAGAGAAGUCUGUGUCAAAAGCCACCUCCAAGGCUUGGUUUGGCCAUGAUUUCAUGUUUGCACAACGCUGCCCCUGUCUUACUCAUUUGUAUCAUAUAAGAAUCUCUCAACUAACUCCAGGAAUUUAAACUGAAAAGCAUUGAGUGUCUGAUGUACAUUAUACUCUUGUGAAAAAAUUCUCCCACCUCCCUACUUCUGCUCCUCCUCCUCCUGACACACUUCACCAUUUCUGAACAGGAGAAACCGAAAGGAACUGAAAUCUGAAGUUGCUCUAGCUGGUGAACCACCUUGGUUUAAGGCUUGGUGAGGGAGAAUGGCGGACAUGGGUCUCCCAGGCCAACAUCCUGUACAGUGGGGACUUCAGCUGGUUGGGGGCUUGCAGUCCCUCGUGCCCUAGGUCAACUCAGCAUCGACUGCAAAGUGGGAAGCAGCCACGUGGUCUUUCAUGCUAAGACUUAAGGAUCCCUGAGGGUAAAAACCUGGAUAGUUUCUCUGGGCCAGAGACCCCAGGACUCUAGGUUGAGAUUAGCUUUUGGAGAAAUGGUGGCUCCCUUCUUAAAGGAGAGAGCUUGCCAGGGAGAAUACUUUGCAGCUGCUGUCUUCCGGCUCUCAGAAGGAUGGCGGAACAGCCUUAGUGCAGCUUCCCUGGGCCCGUUACCUAACUCCUGCAUCGUCCUCCUCUGUGGCCCUCCUCCUGCCAGGUGUGUGUGCAUUGCACAUCCCCUUAUCUUCCCAUCACUGCUUGAAGACCAGGGCUGAAGAGCCCCUUUUUGCCAAGAAAGCGUGAUUCCUGUUCAAGCAGGAAAAGGUCUGGGUAACCCUGUCCGUUAGCCCAGAUUGGCGCUGCUUUGCUGAAUAGCUAAUCAUGGAAACCAGCUGGAGGAGCCCCAGGCACGCAGUUUGGAGAAGGUGCAGCUGCUUGAACAAAAUGGCAAGUGUGAGUUUGAGGAACCAAGAAACAGCCGAACACACCCCAAAGCAGUGCCACUGAGUGUUUGCAGGUGGAGGCCCCUGUACUUGUUUGCCCUUCUUUUGGUCUCUUCAUUAUUUGAUAAACACCUGCAAGUGCUAAGGGGAAGAAAACAAAAUCCAAAGCUUGGUGACUAGUUUCAGCAGGGGAGACCCAGUCCUUCGUGGAUCAGAAUGCAGGAAGCAGGCAGCUGUCAAGCUCUGGGCUCUGACAUCAAGACCUGGCUAAACUCAACUCAAUUCCCAGGAAGACUUAGUAUGUCCUGUACUUACACAAAGGCUUCCAGGGUGGCUUGGCUGGAGAUGGCAGUGUGAAAAACAAGUCACCCAAUUCUCAUUUAGAGAAGGCAUCACCUCAGUUUUGAGUGAAGAUGUUCUAAGACUUGAUUACCAUCAGAAAAGAGGUCUCAAGGCAGGAAGUGUCAUCUUGGCCUUGCACACAACCUCAAAAGAGCCCCAGUCAGAAACUCCUCUGAACUCCUCUUCCACUAAAACCGCAAGAUUCUUUGUCAGACAAGUUCCCUUCCUUUAGAAAUGAACGUUAGCCUGAGUUCCUCUCCCUGCUAAAGCCAACAGAUGCAGCUGGCUGGUUUGGGAGAACUUGAUGACAAUGCCAGUAAAGAGUAUUGGCAAGUUUAUAGGCAAGCCGCAAAGGAUGACAUCAGAAACUGAUCCCACCAGUUGUCUGUUUGCAGAGAUAACUUAGGAAGGCUUGAGAAGUUCUACGUGGGGAAUGAGUGCCUCAGAAAGGCUUAAGUCCCAUGCUGUCGGUGGGACAGUCAAGCUCGACUCCCCUUGGCACAUACCAGAGAGAUGUGUCAAGGGAAGGUGGCCCUGUCAUCCGAGAAUCUGUGAGCUGAAACGAUGCUGAGCUCAGCUGUAGACUUCUGGCUAGGUUUUGGGUUUGGCUUCUCAGCCUUUCGGCUAAGAUCAAGUGUAGGCUUGGGGUUUGAGGAUCAGUAGACCACAGCCAGGAUACCAGUGGGAGUUGGGAGAUGACAGAUUUUCUAUGGAAAUAAACCUGCCACAAUGAUCAAACCAAAAGAUACCCAGUAAAUAGGGGCCGGCACUGUGGUGUAGCAGGUAAAGCCAGCACCUGCAAUGCUGGUAUCCCAUAUGGGCACCGGUUCGAGUCCCAGCUGUUCCACUUCCGAUCCAGCUCUCUGCUAUGGCCUGAGAAAGCAGUAGAAGAUGACCCAAGUGCCUGGGCCCCUGCAUCCAUGUGGGAGACCUGUUAGAAGCUCCUGGCUCCUGGCUUCAGAUCAGCCCAGACCAGGCCCUGUGACCAUUUGAUGGAAGACCUCUCUACCUCUGCCUCUCAAAUAAAUGAAACUUAAAAAAAAAAAAAAGAUACCCAAUAAGUACGCUCUACUUUCAAGUGCUGAGGAAGAGCCAGUUUUCAAGGUAAGAUAGAAAAUUCACUAAAUCAAUGACAUUCAUCUAUUAAAAACAAAAACAAAGACACCUCUGGCCCCUGCAGCCUUGCUCUGUGGGGAGGCAAUCCCUUGCUCUGGUGAUUACCAGUGUAGACAAUAAUUUCUAUCUUGCCUCUAAGUAGUGAGUAGAUCGCACUCCCUGCAACACUGGAAUGUUUCCAUUUUUCUAUCUCCAGACACAAAUCUGUGCUGUUUGUCUUCAGAGGCCCCUGUGUACUCAGCCGUGCUUACCUACCGUGCAGUUUCACAGCCUCCUGCACAUCCUGUAUUCACUGGUUGUUGUCUCACUUUUGUAGAUCUAGCCUUCUGUCCCCUAAUGCUAAUCAGUGGCAGCUGUUUAAUCAGCAACCAGACCUUCUGCUCUGGGCUAAUAAUUUCCCAGCAGGCUCAAAAUUCCCUGAUCAUCAAUGGUAUCUACAUAGAGAUAUAUGUCUUUCAGUGGGAAAUUCACAUUUGAGUUUUGAACACAGUACUGAAAGAGUAGUUUGGAGAUGUGGGUUCUAGUUUCUACCUCAUCUAUGACUUAAAUGAUCCUAAGAAAAUUAUUAUUAUUUUAAGAUUGGUUUAUUUCUUUGAAAGGUAGAGUUAGAGAUCUUCCAUCUGCUGGUUCACUCCCCAAAUGACUACACUGGCCAGGGCUGGGCCAGACCAAAGCCAGGAGCCAGAAGCUUCUUCUAGGUCUCCCACGUGCGGGCAGGAAACCAAGGACUUGGGCCAUCUUUUGCUGCUUUCCUAGGCCACAGCAGAGAGCUGGAUUGGAAGAAGGGCUGCCAGGACUUGGGAUGCUUGUUUGCAGGCAGAGGUUUAACUUGCUGCACCAUAGCACCAGCCCUAAAAAAAUUAUUCUAGGAGUUGUUCCAUAUGAAAAGAUUGAGAUAUAUAGGCUGUCAGGAGAUAAUGAGAUAGUAAAAGCACAUACAAGUAGAUACUAUUAACCAAGUAGACUUGCAAGUUUAUGUCUUCAUCAAGUAGUUACUCAUUAAUCAUCCCAACACCCAGCACAGUGCCCAAGAUUCAGUAAUGAUGCAGGGGCUGGGGGCUGGUGCUGUGGCCUAGCAGGUAAAGUCACCACCACCAGUGCUGGAAUCCCAUAUGGGCACUAGUUCAAUUCCUGGCUGCUCCAUUUCCAAUCCAGCUACCUGCUAAUGCACCUGGGAAAGUAUGGCCCACGCACCCACGUGGGAGACCUGGAGGAAGCUCCUGGCUCCUGGUUUCAGAUCAGCCCAGCUCCAGCCAUUGUGGCCAUUUGGGGAAAGAACCAGCAAAUGGAAGAUUUCUAUGUCUCUGCCUUUCAAAUAAGUAAAUAAAUCUUAACAAAAAAAAAAAAAAAAAAAAA